UAUCUGCUGACUCUACCCUCACCAGCGGCUCCCACAACCACCAUAACCUCCCUGACACCACAACCAACUCCACCCACCACGACCACCAGAUGCCUUCACCACCCAACAGCCCUGACCCUGACCGCCAGUACCACCACCAGAAUAGCUACGACCACCAUAACUAUGAAAACUUUAGCUUCGACAACCACCAUCUCCACAGCAAUGACUGCUCGACCAUCAGUGACAGUCCAGAGCCCUAUUACAGCAACUUUCCCCCCAAUGACCUACACCAACAGCCAGUUUCCCACAAUAAAAGCCUGUACCCAAGCCUUGAACCCUUGACUCAACACUCCACUAACAUCCUUAUUCAUUACCACGAUAUAGAACGUCUACACCCAUCUCUUCCGCCUUCUUCCUCGUCUUCACUAUCUUCCAGUAGUCAGCCUAUUCCAAGACCCAGAAGUUCCAUCAUAUCUUCUGUUCACAGUAGUGAGUCGUCAACCCACAUUGUCCAGAAUUAUGGUCCCUCCACUAGUGUUUCUAAUUCUACCUCCACUGGCAGCCAGUAUAGCACUAACUCUUUGCAGAGAUCCGGAGCACGUCCUCAACAGCGUGGCUCUAGCUAUGGCCUGUCGAGGGGGAUAUCUCCUCCUCCACUUCCCUCUUCAUCUGUGACUACCUCCUCCUCUUCACCUGCUCCUUCCGGUUCUUCCUGCGGCACCAGUGCUACUCUCCCGCGGCCUACAGGUACCAGCCGGCCGCUCAUGAGAACCACUGGCUCCCAAACCAACAUCUUCCGCACUACAGCCUCGCAGACUAACCAGACUAACCCGGGUCACAAGGCUUCCUGCAAACCCCCCCAUUCCUCUUCCUCCAACAAAAAAGAAUCAGAUACAAGUCAAGGCAUCCAGACAACCAAUGGGACUAACCUGGCUCACUCUGCCCUACACUGGAGGGUCUAUAACUGGGAUGCCUACAGGGAAGAGGCAGAGUGGUCUAACUCACUAGGUCGUCCCGUCAAGAGAGCUGAAAGGGAACAAACAUCAACAGCGGUAAUGAGUGACACAAAUGGCUACAUCAACUCCUUUGACCAGGGAUCAGUCAAGAUCAACGGGUCCCACAAUGGUGGCUCAUACAUAGAUAGCAUGCACAUAAAUGGCAGUGGGAACAAGACAUGCCUCCCACUCAAUGGCUACUCUACAAAGGGCAGUGGGAUUAUUGGACCUCUGUCCAGUGAAUUUAUCCCAAUAACCAACAACAAGAUCAGCAGCCAGAUGAAUAAUGGAAAUAAAGGACAUCAGCUCAGCAGCUUCCAGAAUGGCCGCACAAAUACCUUUGACCAAGAAUACAUUAGUGGAUGUGUGUUGAAUGGUCAUAUGAAGGACAGUGGAAACAGCACUGGGAACUUCAGAACCUUUGGUAAUGGCCACCUAAAUGGUUUUUCAAAGGUUUCUCUCAAUGGUCAUGUGAAAGACCAUUCCAGUGACUGCUAUGAGGUGGAAAGUAGCAGCAGUAAUAACAGUAAGAAUGUAAUGUUCAAGUCUGAUAAAUCACUGUUGAGGAACAACAAAAAUGUUGAUACAAAGGUUAGUGGAAACAGUGAGAGCGAUAACAGUGGCAGUGAUGUAGCAAAUGGUAAAGCCAAGAAAGGUGAAGCAGGUGAUGAAAUUAGCACUGAACUGUGAUAGUUGUAUGUUGUUCUGUGUGUAUAUAGAGUUUAUAUUUUGUUACUGAUUUUAUGAGCUGUAAAUGCCUUGUUGUAAGUGCCAAAUGUUGAAUUGAAAUUUGAGAGUUAAUUUAACAUAGAUAAGGAUGAUAGCAUUAAAAAAAAACAUUUCUACAAAGUAAUGUAAUGUACGUACAUAGAUCUUUUAGUUGGGGAUGUACAGUAGGCAACUUGUAAAUAUGGUAAACUCAAGUAAAGAUUAAAGUUAAGAUUUGGUCAGGUAAGGU